GCGGCCUCAGAGCCACGGGCGCCCGCCCCGCCCCGCCCCGCGCCGCCCGCGCCGGCUCCGCAGCUCGCGCCUGCCCGCCUGCCGGCCCGCCCGGCGCCGGGCCAUGGCGCUGCUGCGGGAUGUGUCCCUGCAGGACCCGCGGGACCGCUUCGAGCUGCUGCAGCGUGUGGGGGCCGGGACCUAUGGCGACGUCUACAAGGCCCGCGACACGGUUACGUCCGAACUGGCCGCCGUGAAGAUAGUCAAGCUAGACCCAGGAGACGACAUCAGCUCCCUCCAGCAGGAAAUCACCAUUCUGCGUGAGUGCCGCCACCCCAAUGUGGUGGCCUACAUUGGCAGCUACCUCAGGAAUGAUCGCUUGUGGAUCUGCAUGGAGUUCUGUGGAGGGGGCUCCCUGCAGGAGAUUUACCAUGCCACUGGGCCCCUGGAGGAGCGGCAGAUUGCCUACGUCUGCCGAGAGGCACUGAAGGGGCUCCACCACCUGCAUUCUCAGGGGAAGAUCCACAGAGACAUCAAGGGAGCCAACCUUCUCCUCACUCUCCAGGGAGAUGUCAAGCUGGCUGACUUUGGGGUGUCAGGCGAGCUGACAGCGUCUGUGGCCAAGAGGAGGUCUUUCAUUGGGACUCCCUACUGGAUGGCUCCGGAGGUGGCUGCCGUGGAGCGCAAAGGUGGCUACAACGAGCUGUGUGAUGUCUGGGCCCUGGGCAUCACCGCCAUUGAGCUGGGCGAGCUGCAGCCCCCUCUGUUCCACCUGCACCCCAUGAGGGCCCUGAUGCUCAUGUCGAAGAGCAGCUUCCAGCCGCCCAAACUGAGAGAUAAGGCUCGCUGGACCCAGAAUUUCCACCACUUCCUCAAGCUGGCCCUGACCAAAAAUCCCAAGAAGAGGCCUACAGCAGAGAAGCUCCUGCAGCACCCAUUCACCACCCAGCAGCUCCCUCGGGCCCUCCUCACACAGCUGCUGGACAAAGCCAGUGACCCUCAUCUGGGGACUCCCUCCCCUGAGGACUGUGAGCUAGAGACCUACGACAUGUUUCCAGACACCAUUCACUCCCGGGGGCAGCACGGCCCAGCCGAGAGGACCCCCUCGGAGAUCCAGUUUCACCAGGUGAAAUUUGGCGCCCCACGCAGGAAGGAAACCGACCCACUGAAUGAGCCGUGGGAGGAAGAGUGGACACUAUUGGGAAAGGAAGAGCUGAGUGGGAGCCUGCUGCAGUCGGUCCAGGAAGCCCUGGAGGAAAGGAGCCUGACCAUCCGGUCAGCCUCAGAAUUCCAGGUGCCACAUGGAGAGAGGCUGGAGCUGGGAUCCAGGCCGUUGCAGAGGGUGAGAUUGGAGUGGGAUGCGGUCACAGGACAACCUGCUAACGGCCAGACCGGGUCCUGCCCCUCCUGCCAGGAGCUGGACUCCCCAGACGAUGCCAUGGGAACCAUCAAGCGGGCCCCGUUCCUGGGGUCACUGCCCCCUGAGCCUCCAGCUGAGGAGCCUCUGUCUAGUCCCCAAGGAACCUUGCCCCCACCUCCUCCAGGCCCCAGCAGCCCCCCACUGCUGCCCACGGCCUGGGCCACCAUGAAGCAGCGGGAGGAUCCUGAGAGGUCAUCCUGCCACGGGCUCCCCCCAACGCCCAAGGUGCACAUGGGUGCCUGCUUCUCCAAGGUCUUCAACGGCUGCCCCCUGCGGAUCCACGCUGCUGUCACCUGGAUUCACCCUGUGACUCGGGACCAGUUCCUGGUGGUGGGGGCUGAGGAAGGCAUCUACACUCUCAACCUGCAUGAACUGCAUGAGGAUACGCUGGAGAAGCUGAUUUCACACCGCUGCUCCUGGCUCUACUGCGUGAACAACGUGCUGCUGUCACUCUCAGGGAAGUCCACGCACAUCUGGGCCCAUGACCUCCCAGGCCUGUUUGAGCAGCGGAGACUACAGCAACAGGCUCCCCUUUCCAUCCCUACCAACCGCCUCACCCAGCGCAUCAUCCCCAGGCGCUUUGCCCUGUCCACCAAGAUUCCUGACACCAAAGGCUGCUUGCAGUGUCGUGUGGUGCGGAACCCCUACACGGGCGCCACCUUCCUGCUGGCCGCCCUGCCUGCCAGCCUGCUCCUGCUGCAGUGGUAUGAGCCGCUGCAGAAGUUCCUGCUGCUGAAGAACUUCUCCAGCCCCCUGCCCAGCCCGGCUGGGAUGCUGGAGCCACUGGUGCUGGAUGGGAAGGAGCUGCCGCAGGUGUGUGUGGGGGCUGAGGGGCCUGAGGGGCCCGGCUGCCGAGUCCUGUUCCAUGUCCUGCCCCUGGAGGCUGGGCUGACACCUGACAUCCUCGUCCCACCUGAGGGGAUCCCAGGCUCGGCCCAGCAGGUGAUCCAGGUGGACAGGGACACGGUCCUAGUCAGCUUUGAACGCUGCGUGAGGAUUGUCAACAUGCAGGGUGAGCCCACGGCCACACUGGCGCCUGAGCUGACCUUUGACUUCCCCAUCGAGACUGUGGUGUGCCUGCAGGACAGUGUGCUGGCCUUCUGGAGCCAUGGGAUGCAAGGCCGCAGCCUGGACACCAACGAGUGCCCCCCACCAUCUUCCCAGGUGACCCAGGAGAUCACAGAUGAAACGAGGAUCUUCCGAGUGCUUGGGGCCCACAGCAUUUCUAGAGGAUAAAUUCCUGGAAAGAGCAUUACUGAGUCAGUGGUGGCUGCGUCUGUCAUGCUGAUAGCUACUGUCCAGUUGCCCUCUAUGAGCAGAGACCUGUGAGAGGGUCAGACCAAGCAUCAUUCUUGAGGACAAAUAGAAGGGACAUGGUCCCCCCCCAGGAUGUUCAGGUAACUGGCCUGGACCCGGAGUCGUCCUGGUGGUAGAGUCAAGGGCAGCGCUGUGAUGUGUGCUUUGGGCGGCGGAGGAUCUGCUGUGUUCCCUGUGGCAUGUCCAGCACCUGCUCACUGCUGGUGCGCAGGAGACCCUCAUGAGUAAAGGAUGUGGUGAAGAGGAGUCCCUGCAGUCUGCCCUUGGACUGGGUGAGCCACCCCACCUCGCUGAGCCUUACUUUCCAUAGGUUUACCAUAUCCUAAGCCAACUGCAGGGCUGUUGGGAGAAUCAGAACUACUGUAAUAGACAUAAUGCAAUAACAGAUGAAUCUUAGAGGUAAACUAAAAUGGUACUUCUAUGGACAGAAUGAUAGCAUUUUGCAAUGCUCAAAAACGAGAUGAAACCAUCUAUUGUUUAGCAAUACACGCACAAGAUACAACUCUACUAAAAAUCAAAAGAAGGAAAAGCACAAAAUCCGAGAUGGGGAUCCCUGAGAGGAAUGUGGGGUGGGAUAAGGAGGGGGCCCAGGAGUUUGUGAAGGUGUUGGUAAUGUCAUAGCUCUCAGGUUCCGUGGUAGGUUCAUGGGUUUUUCAUUUAUAACUCUGUUCCUAACUCACACCAGGUGCCACACAUCCUUUUGUAUGUAUCAGAUAUUAUGCCAUAAAAUUUAGUUUGGGCAUGGUGGUUGACACCUGCAGUUCCAGCACUUUGGGAACCUGAGGCAGGCA